AUGAAGUCUUUCGCCACCAUCCUCCUCGCUGCCCUUGCGGCUGUCGCCAACGCUGUCCAGUUCACCAACAGCGCUUUCGAUGUCGAGCCCGGCAAGCCAUUCGAGCUUACUUGGUCCGGUGCUACCGGCUCAGUCACCAUUCUCUUGAAGAACGGCCCCCAGGACAACCUCCAGACCGUCGACACCCUCGUCUCUGGUGCUACUGGCGGCUCGACUGAGGUCAUCAUUGACCCCAAGAAGUACCCCUCCGGCACCUACGCCUUCGAGAUUAUUGACUCGGGUAACCCCGGAGCUCCCAACUACAGCACUCAGUUUAACAUCGUUGGCAGUGGUACCCUUUCUGCGACGGCCACUGCCACUGGUGCGAGCUCCACACCUACCUCCAGCACUCCUGCCAGUACUACCACCUCUGCCUCUGCCUCUCCCAGUGCUUCUAGCUCUGAGAGCGAGUCCGCCACCCGCACUUCCUCGUCCCGUGCUAGCCAGUCCUCGGCUGCUGACGAGAAACCCACCUCCGUUCCCGAUACCGGCGCCGGUGGUCGCCUCACCUCUUCUUUCGCGCUCGUCCUUGUCACUGUUGCCGCCAUGUUCUACUUGAACUAG